UAUUAAGUAUUUGAUUAGUUAGUUGUUACUUGUUAUUUCGUGCCUCAAGGUGAGAGUUGAAAGUUGAGAAACCAAUUUCUGGUUAUACUUUUAAUACUAGAUUACCCUAGAUCGCGUCUACUUCAGUCAUCCAUUCUUAUUUUUACAUCUCAAAUUCAAUUGCACUCUUAAUUCCAAAUCAAUCUCAAUCAAUCUCAAUCAAUCUCCUCAAUCUCAAUAUUUCAUAGACGUACCUCUGGGGGAAUUUGAUAUCAUGGAGGCGUUCAGGUCGUUCCCCUUAUUUGUUGCAAUAUUGACGGCAACAAUGGUGACGAGGGUUAAUUGUGACCUUACACACAUGAUUGAGUCGCCCAAGAUUACAAACUGGGGAGCUUGGGGUUCGUUGGAAAGUUGUCCAGUGGGGGCAUUUGUGGUUGGGAUGCAACUCAAGGUGGAGAAAGCAGAUGGAUGGAAGGACGAUUCGGGACUCAAUGGGAUCCGCCUAUUUUGCUCUCGCCUGGGAUCAUCUAUCGACAUUUACGAAGAGUCCCCAGUCGUAAUUUCCAGCUCGGUAGGCCCUUAUGGCGAAUGGAAACAGAUUUUCCGUUGCGGGGACAAGGACCUUAAUCCCAAAACAUCAGCUGUGGUCGGAUUCUCAAUUAAGGUCGAAGAUCCGAGAGGAGUUCACGACGACACGUCCGCAAAUAACUUUCGAAUAUUUUGCAAAGACCUUGAGGAUGAUACAGGAGACAAUAACAACAAUAAGAGUGACACCGAGGAGGAGGCUCGCCCACAGCAACAUUUGACGGUAGAAGGGGAUGGGACUUCUUGGGGAAAGUGGACUGAUUCUCAGCUCUGCAGAAACGGAUAUGCCAUUUGUGGAAUCGCAACACAAGUGGACCAUGGGCAUGGAGAGGGAAAAGGAUAUGAUGAUACAGCUCUAAACAAUGUAAGAGCCGAAUGCUGCAGAAUCCGCUUUCAUUCUUUAUACGAAGAAUUGGACCUACCGAGAAAAAAUGACGACGUUAUAUUUCCCGACCCAAUAGAGUCAGCAAGAGAACUGCAGAAGUCAAUUAUUGAAAUGCAACAAAUUACUCCAAGAAACCAGAAAACGGACCUUCAUCAAAAUCCCCAUGCAACUCCAGAUGGUAAUGAUGCCUCACAUAACGAUCGACUUAUCAUAACGGUCCCACAAGUUCUCACGGUGGACCAUUCAACUACAACGGAGGAAUUAUCGCAUCUAGCAAAUCUGGAUUUUAGUCAUCCCGAACUGACAACGCAUUUCAAGAUUGCUUCAGAUCCUGACGGGACAUUUCCAGAACAUAACGAUGGUGUGACAACGAUUGAUGAGAUUGCUGCGAAACCAAUCGUUCCCCCUGAAGUCGUUCACUAUAUUGAGUCCGACAUUAAGGACGAGGAUGCCGACCCGGAUCUAAUUCAUAUCAAAGUUAUCGCAGGUUCCAUCAAUACGACGACCACCAAGUCGCCUCAACCACCACCCACAGGAAAUAGAAAUGCAAUUGAUACUGAAAAUGACGAUGGCGACACCAUUCACAACCCGCUACUUGUUGCCUCCAACGCCAAUAAGCCCCUGUACUCGACUUGCUUUAUUAUCAUACUGUGCACAUUUCUUGUUUGACGACAUGCUAAUUUAAAAACAAUACUAUUUUAGUACCUACCCGACUUGACAGAUGACUAAUGUUUAAUAUAAUUGCAAUGUUUUGUAUAUUUAUUAUUAGUAGACUGAAUAAUAUAAUGUUACAAUAAAUUUAUCAUGAUCGUGAA